ACGCACGCUCAUCUCUCCACUUCGAUCCCCAAACAGAAGCGAACAUUUCCACAACCGAGAGAGAGAGAGAGAGAGAGAGAGAGAUGGGAUUGGGACUGCUGGCCUCGAGAGCUCUUCGAUCCUCUAGGGUUUUCACAUCCUCAAACCCUAGAACCUCCAUUAUUCGAACCAUCGUCUCAACCCCCGAGCUACAGAACCCCGAAUCCUCUGCCGCUCAAGCCCAGCCGGACGCUCCGCCGGCGGUAGAUCUCCCUCCCCGAUCACCCGUGGCCGGAGCUAGGGUUCACUUCCCCAACCCGGAGGACGCCAUCGAGGUCUUCGUCGAUGGCUAUCCCGUUAAAAUUCCCAAGGGGAUGACUGUUUUGCAGGCCUGCGAGGUCGCCGGCGUCGAUAUUCCUCGGUUCUGCUAUCACAGCCGCCUUUCCAUCGCUGGAAACUGCCGCAUGUGUCUCGUUGAGGUCGAGAAGUCGCCCAAGCCCGUGGCUUCUUGCGCCAUGCCUGCGCUUCCAGGGAUGAAGAUUAAGACAGAUACACCACUUGCAAAGAAAGCACGUGAAGGGGUGAUGGAAUUUUUAUUGAUGAAUCAUCCAUUGGAUUGCCCAAUUUGUGAUCAGGGUGGAGAGUGUGAUCUCCAGGAUCAAUCUAUGGCUUUUGGUUCUGAUCGUGGUCGUUUUACAGAAAUGAAGAGAUCUGUGGUUGAUAAGAAUCUGGGUCCAUUAGUUAAGACUGUAAUGACUCGGUGCAUUCAGUGCACGAGAUGUGUCAGGUUUGCAACCGAGGUAGCCGGUGUUCAAGAUCUUGGCAUGUUGGGUCGUGGUAGUGGAGAAGAAAUUGGGACUUAUGUUGAAAAUCUAAUGACUAGUGAACUUUCAGGAAAUGUGAUAGAUAUCUGUCCUGUUGGAGCUCUAACCUCAAAACCUUUUGCCUUCAAAGCCCGGAAUUGGGAGUUAAAGGGAACAGAAAGUAUUGAUGUUAGUGAUGCUGUGGGUUCCAAUAUCCGUAUUGACAGUAGAGGUCCGGAGGUCAUGCGCAUUCUUCCACGUUUAAAUGAGGACAUUAAUGAGGAGUGGAUAUCAGAUAAAACACGUUUCUUUUAUGAUGGUUUAAAGAGGCAGAGGCUAAAUGAUCCCAUGAUUCGAGGUGCUGAUGGGCGCUUCAAGGUUGUCAGCUGGCGUGAUGCCCUUGCUGUUGUUGCAGAGGUCAUCCAUCAAGUUAAACCGGAGGAAAUUGUAGGGGUUGCUGGUCAGCUGUCUGAUGCAGAAUCCAUGAUGGCAUUGAAGGAUUUUUUGAACAAAAUGGGAUCUAAUAAUAUCUGGUGUGAAGGGAAUGGCAUACAUCCAAAUGCUGAUUUGCGAUCAGGAUAUCUCCUAAAUACUGGCAUCAGCGGUCUUGAGGAAGCAGACGUUUUCCUUUUGGUGGGAACUCAGCCAAGGGUUGAAGCUGCCAUGGUGAAUGCCAGAAUCAGGAAAACAGUUCGAGCAACUCAAGCUAAGGUGGGAUAUAUAGGCCCUCCAACUGAUUUUAACUAUGAUCACCAACACCUAGGCACGGGUCCCCAAACACUAACUGAAAUUGCUGAGGGUCGCCAUCCAUUCUUCUCAGCUCUUUCAAAUGCAAAGAAGCCAGUCAUUAUUGUUGGUGCUGGGAUUUUUGAGAGGGAGGACAAGGAUGCGAUUUUCUCGACUGUUGAAACUAUUGCCAAAAAAGCAAGUGUCAUCAGACCGGACUGGAAUGGCCUCAAUGUAUUGCUUCUAAAUGCUGCCCAGGCUGCUGCGCUUGACCUUGGACUUGUGCCUGAAUCUGAUAAAAGCAUCGAGUCUGCAAAAUUCUUGUAUCUGAUGGGUGCUGAUGAUGUGAACUUGGAAAAACUUCCAAAGGACGCAUUCGUGGUUUAUCAGGGACAUCAUGGUGACCAGGGUGUGUACCGUGCCAAUGUGAUCUUCCCAGCUGCAGCAUUCACCGAGAAGGAGGGGACUUACGUAAAUACAGAAGGGUGCGCGCAACAAACACUGCCUGCAGUUCCCACUGUUGGGGAUGCAAGGGAGGAUUGGAAAAUAAUUAGAGCUUUGUCUGAGGUGGCAGGAGUUCGCCUGCCUUACGAUUCUCUUGGUGCAGUCAGGUCCAGAAUAAGGACCGUGGCGCCAAACCUAUUGCAUACCGAUGAGAGACAGCCAUCGACCUUUUCUGCUUUGGUGAAACCCGAGCCUUCCCACAAGAUGAGCUCAACUCCAUUCGGCACUGCUGUCGAGAAUUUCUACAUGACCAAUUCAAUCACCAGGGCUUCAAAGAUAAUGGCACAAUGCAGUGCAAUGCUGCUGAAGCAGUAAAUGGCUGAUCUCCUUGUAAUAACACUAUUUCUUGUGCUCCGGAAGUUUUCUUUAUGAGCUGUUUUACCCAUAUUUUUGGUAAUCACACUGCCAUAGUGGAAUAAGUGGCAACUUUUGGGCUAUGGUUGGUAACUACAUGUAUUUGUAGGAUUGUCAGGAUGUUGCUUUAUUAACAGUUGAGAUUAUUUGUACUCAUCCUGCCUGAAUGGAUGUAGAACAAGUCUGUGAAGUUGGUCAUUUCUUUCAUAACAAACAUUGAUGAAUCCCGUGAUUUCAGCCA